CCAUUCCCCCAAUGGGCUGGGGGACCCCCAUACAUGUUCGGAACGGACCCGGCACGUGACGGCGAGCUGCGGCAGGUGGUCAACGCCUCACAACACUUCGUGGCGCGCUUCCUCACCACCGAGGGCAAGGUGCGCUAUGCGGUGCAGGCGCUGCACGAGCAUGCGGCGCUGUUUGGUCCGGGCCGCAUGUCGGGCUUCGUGGCCUCCCCGCUGGCCGGCACCGGGCUGCUGGAUGUGUGAUGGGACAGGGUUCAAGGCAGGU